GGGUGUUUCACUCGGCUUCAGUAUUGCCGCUUGGACCCGCUCGAAACGCUGCCCCUUCGUGGUAUUACCAAAGAUUCCAGGCCACAGCAACGUCAGCCAUGUCGGACCGAGGCUCGCCGUCUCCGCGCCGCAGUCGCAGUCGCUCGCCAUCUCCCAGAGCCGACGACAAUGAGGACAAGAAGAGCCCGCGCGUGUCGGACAAUGAGGACCGGGAGACGUCGCGCCGCAGUCGCAGCCGCUCGCCCGCCCCCAAGGCGCCCGCUGCCCCUGCGGACGUUGCUAACCCAGGCAACAAUCUGUACGUGGCCAACCUGGCCACGCGCGUAGGAGAGCAAGAUCUGCAGGAAAUAUUCUCCAAGUUCGGUCGGGUUGACAAGUGUGAGGUGAUCGUGGACCCCGUCACGAAAGAGUCGAGGGGCUUUGGCUUCGUGACGUUCGAGGACGUUCGUGACGCUGAGGAUGCAGUCAAGGAGCUGAACAACCAAGAGGUCCAGGGGCGGAAGAUUAGAGUGGAACACGCCAAACGGAAGCGUGGACACGAGAAGACCCCCGGACAAUGUGAGUGUGAAGCGAGACGUGGAGGUUUAUGCUUGAAUUGUGCUGACAUUUGCUGCCGGACAGACCUUGGACCGAGACUCGCUAGCGCAAAAUACGGCGGCGGUCGUGACCGCUUCAGCAGAGAUCGCAGUCGGGACCGAGGACGGCGGAGUCGUAGUCGAGACCGAGGCGGAUACUCGCGUCGCUACGACGACAGAGACCGAGGCCGCUACGACGAUCGAGGACGCGGCCGCUACGAUGACCGUGAUCGUGGCCGCGGGGGCUACGACCGCGAUUCGUACGACGACCGACGACGCCGCUAGUUUGGGGCACCGGGCACCUCUGCACCUUGGUACAACUGGCUUUUGGAUUGGCGUCUUCUUUCCGGAUCAGACGACACCUCAAUCGACCCCCAACCAGCCCAUUCUCCCUGCGUGCCAUGCCAACCCAGCUUGUGUUUAAUCCAACUAAAUAAAUCGCAGCUCGUCCACUUAUCCGUCGGACGCACCACAUCGACCUACGCAACUUCAGAGCAACAACUCAACAACUGCGGAUCGUCGGAACCGAUCACUGUCCUCAUUCACUAGCUUCGACCACGGCUUAUACGACACCAACGUGCCAAAACCGCUUAGCAUCAAGCCUUCGUUGCAACGGUAACUGUUCUAUUGCGGGCCAUUAUUUCCUGCACUACUCGCGCUUGUACACCAGCAUCUUCGACACGACCUCGGACGAAUCCGCAUCGCCACUAACGUCGCUGUGGAAGAACGAGGCUGCCUCGACAAAGUGCGUGUUAGCUAGCAGCGGUCUGAUCUUGGCAGCAAUGGUGGAGUACGUCACGACGUAGGUCGGGAGUUCCAUGGAUAUAGAGUCCCUAACAACACCAUCCAAAUGGUAGAGGUUCGUGAGGAAACGCCGAGGAUCACGCUCAAGUUGGUGCGACUCGCAGCCGUCGGUUCGCUCACGGUUGCUGUAUCCAGACAAAGUUAACAGCGGAUGGUUAGAGUUAGAGUUUUUCACAUGAAUGAAGCAGAAUCUUACGCUGGUGAGCAGUCUGGGAACCACAUCGAUACGUUUUGAUGCAGAUAACUGUAGUACGGCGUAGCGUGGCAAGGAGUCCAAAAGUGGAUCGAAGCCUCCGGGUUUUCUACAAACGACAGGCGUUGGUAGAGCUUGGGGCUCUUUAGAAAUACAAGCAUGAAGUGAAUGUACCUUGGAUACGAUCGGCCAGAUAGUCCAUUACCUCAACGGGGGCACGCUAAAAUGUCAUGAUAACAAGUCGAGGUGUGAGUCCGUUUUGGUGAUACAAACCUGCCAUCAAGUAGCAAUCCAACGUACCUGAUGGCUUCGUGACAGGUAGUAGGCAGUGAGCACAUUCGGCAAGAUGACUGAAAAUACUGCGAGUCGAAGCAAGUUCCACUGUGUUCUGUCGCGAAAUUGUACGUACAGCUUGCGCUCGAGAUUGCGCAGGCAGUACCCAGAAUACACAAUAGCCGGUGGGAGAAGAGGUAGAACGAAGCGAAACUCUUUGUGAGCAGCAUUGCUGUACACGAAGAGCGCCCACAAAAUCACACGGCCC